GAGACGGUGCAACGCGUUCCGCCGGUUCCGUUCAGUACCCGGACGAGUCCCUCGCCACGUGACCGUCAUUGAAAACUGCACUGACACGAAGACGCUCGAUUGGGUCACCGCGACGAUCGGAGGUGAUCCAGAGGGUUUCUCCAAAGAUACUUUGACAAGAGAUCCUCCUGGUUGACUCCGAAAAUCAGAAUCUUACGAAAAAACGAGGAUAAGAUUGCGUGACUAUGACAGGACAAGGUGAACGGACUGUUGAGUCUGCGAGAUCAGUCGCGAGAUUCUGAAGUGCAUCUUGAAAAAUUCGUAAUUACCGUUUGCGCGGUCGUUUUGCGGUUGGACACGUGAUUCCCACGGAGAGUGACGCACCCCAAGACCAUCGUGAAUGGUGCUGAAAGGUGAUGACCGUGUUUUCCGAAGGCCGUUAAGGGCAGUUCGUGAUGUUUAGCUGUUACGGGAGAUUUUAAGUGUACGGAUUAUCGGGGAUAGACUACAUCCUGCUAAGGCAUGCUAUGCGUCAGAGCACCGGAAACGGAGGUGCCUGCAGAAGAUGACGGGGUUAAGUAGAUAAAGGGAGCAGGCCUGGCCGCCAUCGACGACGGACGAUUCCCUCGGCUCCUCUCUUUCUCACCGCAGCGCACAAUGCUCUGCCAUCGCGCUCUUGUUGUUCUCUUCGCUGUCAACGUGCCAAUCGUGACGGGGCUAGAGCCAGACUUCGCUUACCCGCUGGAGAACGUAACGAUCCCGCAGGGUCGAGACGCUACCUUCACCUGCGUGGUGAACAACCUCGGUGGAUACCGGGUGAGUCCUUCCUCCUCCGCGAGCGGAGAUCACUCUGGCAGCGUCAAGGCCCGGGUGGCGUGGAUUAAAGCAGACACCAAGGCGAUCUUAGCGAUUCACGAGCACGUGAUCACGAACAACGCUCGUCUGUCGGUGACCCACAGCGACUACAACACGUGGACGUUGAGCAUUCGCAGUGCACGCCGGGAAGAUCGCGGGAUUUAUAUGUGCCAGGUCAACACGGAUCCCAUGAAGAGCCAGAGCGCGUUUUUGGAGGUGGUAAUACCGCCAGACAUCAUCUCAGAAGAGACCUCGAACGACAUGAUGGUUCCCGAGGGAGGUGCCGCGAAGCUGGUGUGCAAAGCGCGCGGUUAUCCCAAGCCCGAGAUCGUGUGGAAGCGGGAAGACGGCACCGAAAUCAUUUCACGAACCGGUCCCGGCAAGACAAAAAUACCCACUGCAGAGGGUGAAGUGCUGACUUUGUCGAAAGUAACGAGGGGCGAGAUGGGCGCCUACCUGUGCAUCGCCAGCAACGGAGUGCCUCCGUCAGUCAGCAAACGAAUGAUGCUACAUGUGCACUUUCACCCGAUGGUACAGGUACCGAACCAGCUGGUCGGGGCUCCGAUCGGGACUAACGUCACGUUGGUCUGCCAUGUGGAAGCGUCACCUAAGGCCAUUAAUUAUUGGACUCGAGAAUCGGACGAAAUGAUAAUAUCUAACAGCAAGUACCUGAUGACCGAAAUAAAGACAUCAGUGUACAGCGUGCAGAUGCGACUGGUGAUCAUGAACCUGCAGAAGCACGAUCUGGGUGGUUAUAAGUGCAUCUCGAAAAACUCCAUCGGCGACGCUGAGGGGAACAUCCGGCUUUACGAUAUGGAGCUACCUAAAUAUCCCAAAAAGGCCGGCGACCGGCGAUCAGACGACGACGCGGGCGACUCGAUCGGUGAUCGCGAUCACAGAUUGAACCACGUGCAUCAAGGAUCCCUGAGGGAAACGGGAUCGACCCUGGAGCCAGCCUUCGACGCGGACGACAAUUCGGCGUCCACAACGUCAAGAGACAACGCGCCGCCGGCGACGAUCGGCAUCCUCCUGAUCGUGCUGCACCACUUGCUCGCUUCGACGUAAGAUAGACGUAACCUAUUUACCCUUAAACGCAAACUACGUUUACCACGAGCUCGAUUCGCUAACCUAAGGAGACUGCGAGAUAGCGGCUGAGUAGCUCCGUUGCCUCGCGUUCUCGGCAAAUCCACGACAUUAUUGCCGAAUCUCGAUAUCGAUAUCACGAAACGAUAUUGACGGAACGUUAAUCACAAUAUUUUAUACGGAAUUCGAUUAUUGUGCGCUGUACUUAAUGGUACGAAUACGUCCGAAAAUAUAACGAAGCUUGCUCUAAACCGUUGCACGAAAUUCUUCUGCAAAAAUCAGAAGGUAAAAUUGACGUCUCAACUAAUAUUUCAAUCUCUGGCGUGAUAUUUUUUUAUCAAUUCAAUUUUUUUCUAAUAAAAACACAAUUAUGUUUUCAUUAUUUAAUUUAUACGUGACAAAUGGCGGAUUAAAAUUACAUAUGCGGAUUCGGAGUCUCUCAACGUCAGCUAUAUGCGGUAAUUAAAUACUGCCAGCUCGCAUUUUGAUGAUAAAAAAAAAUGCAUUUCGUAACAUUCAAAUGUGACAUGCGAAAACGAAUGUUAAUAAUAAUGUCCGCAUUCACAUAGAAAUAACGGAAACUUUGCAAGCUCAAAAAGCACUAAAUUAACGAGCAAAAUGUUAAAUUAUGUUGUGAUACACGUGUCACAUAGACGGAACAAACCGACUGCUAGCGUACGACAGUGCGUUGCAAUAUGGAUUACUUUUAUAUUUAAAGGAAAUAUUUAUAAUAAAGUGUAUUUUAGUUAUCCCCAUAUAUCUUGGAAACAUUAUGAGGUCUACCAUUCCACUUUUGACAAUAACUUACAAUUAGAUAGCAGAAAACAGAUUUAUUCUUCUUUUCGUAAAAUUACAAAUGUAAUUUAUUGAACUUGAAUACUUAUUAUAGUAAAUUAGUAAUUUAUUGAACUUGAAUACUUAUUAUAGUAAAUUAAUCUUGCACCUCAAAAAAUUAGUCACUAAAAAUACAUUUCAAAGAAAUUUUUAAGAAAUCAUUAUUUUUAUUAUAAAAUAACCGACAUUAUUUACAUUUUAAAAACUGCGAUUUCUUUUAUAUAAAAGCAGUCCAUAUUUCGUACGGCAUCGAUCCAACAUGGCCGCUCUUCCGCUCAACGCUCGUGAAAAUUAACAGCCUAGCGAAUAUCGACGAAACGUUAACGGCAGACCGAAGAUCGUGAAAUUUUGUUCGCGUCGUCAUUGUCGAGCUACGGUUACCGCGAUUCGUCUACGGUUUAACGAGAUAUCUCGUUAGUUUACCGUGUCUCCACGCCACCAAUGACAUAAUUAUUAAAUCGCCAGUUCUUUUUAAUUCGCGUCCGAAACGUCAGAUCGUGGGCGAGACGGUUACACACAAAAUCAAUUACAUAAAUGUCGUUCACGUCGAAUGGUCACCGACGCCGGGGAGGAAGUGCUGCUCCCGAGAACGACUGCCGCGUUCGAGAAAUCGCGUGUUUAAUUAACACGUGAAUUUCCAUCGAGCAAAUUUCACAUUAGACGCGAUCGAGUGGAACGAACUGUAAGUAUCGACGUCUGAUCCAACGCUGAUUUUGCAGGAUCGAGAAGCGAAAUGCCGGACCUUCCACUCGAGUGAGUUCGUAACGCGAUACGCCUCGUAUCCGCGGAAAAUACAAUUUCACAUUGCGUAUACACUUAUCGAAUCUUUAAACAGAGAGACAUUUCUGAAUUGUGAAAAAAAGAGUGUCCGCUUUCCUUUAUACGUUGCGCAGUAUCUCUCUGUAUCACCUAUGUUCGAUAUUUCUCUGGAGAAAAAACAUUAACGCGUAUGACAGAGCGGUAAUUGAAAAUUUUCUCAUUAACAUAUUCAUGCGCGAGCAAUCGAAAUAAUUUUAACGGCAAUUUCAUUAUUAAACAUCGAUCGAUCCGUAUGACAGAGACGCCUGUCUUUUCGACAUCCAUUAGAUAUUACUGAGACAGCUACGGCGUUUUAAUUUCUUCAACGCGCAACACGGAUAUUUCGUGUAGUUUUACUCUCGGUUUAUUCUAUCCUGAGAAUAUAACAUAUUGCAUUUGUGUGAAUCCGCAUCGGUCCAGAAUAUAUACUAUCAAGCGAGAGAAGGUUUUCCAUUCUUAUGCCACGAUAAGAAUUUCAUAAGAAAUCGGCGAAGAAAUACCGAUAUAUGCUUCGAGCAAAAAGUAGAAAAAUAAAAUUUUCUAUAUAAAACGAUGCUUUGUAAAUAAGCUAACUGCCGAACUUGAUCGUCGGGAAUUAAAUCUUGGACUAUAAAUAUUCGAUCGAAUCGAACGAGAAUCUUCGCAUAUCAAGUGGGAGUGCGAAACAAUAGUGAUAAAUAAAAUUGCUGUCACCUUACACCGACGUUACAAACAAAUAUUGUUGAAACUGAUCUCAUUUUCUGCAAAAAUUGCAAGCUAUUUGAUAAAAAAACUUUCCCAGGAAUUAUUAUAUUACUCUCAUUAUAUAAGAUUGAAGAUCAUGCUUUUACUUUUAUUUUCCAGCUAAACUUUUCAUAUGUCUCACGUUAAUGUUAGAACUAAUUUAUAAUAUAAUACUUAUGUGAUUCACACGCGUCCAUGUAGAUUUUCCGGAAAUUCGCGGUUUGCCGAAAAUGCGAUGGCUCGGUAAACGAUUUUUUAUACGUAAUUUCGGCCCAGUUACAACGGAGGCGCGCAGACGAAAACGAAAGUGAGAGAUAAUUACUCGUCCCGAUUAGGAAAAACGUGCCAAAUGUUCGCCUUCAUUAUUCUUUUCUUAUUUUAAGAAAUUUACCAUUUUAUUUAAAACGGCUCAUUAUAAAUAUCGGUAUUCCAAGGGUCCACAUAUCGCUUUUCUCAAGCUCCCGAAUCUAAUCUUAGAUAUUCAUGUUGUUGUUCAAGCGGUUUUUCUAUAAAUGGCACCGGCGUCGAUCUUGCUCGUUUUGAGUUGGCGACAUUUACGGAGUUCUCAUACUUUGGAAAUGUUUAUAUAUGAAGACAACUAAAGCUACGAAAGAACGAUCUAUCCAUCUUUUUGUAUAAAUGUAUAUAUACUUUCGAAUUGAUAUUAAUUAAUCCAUUGAUAGUUAAAUCUCAAGUCCUGUAACCCUGGUUUGUUAAGUAUUAGAUUAAGAUUCUAUAACUUUAUUGUGUAAAUUACGGCACAAAAGGCUAUUUCAUUCUCUAGGGAGAACUUUAGAAUCUUAUUUCUCAGUUUUGACAAAGGCACUCAGGUCCUUUCACAUAAAAGUCGUCCAUUUAAUAGGACAAUGAAUAAUGCCGGUAGACAAAAGGAUGCGAUGCUUUAAUAACGACAACACUUUUGCUACCGCUCGUUGUCGACGGCGUUGUCAAUUACGUUAUCCGACAGUCGCGUUGUGGAAUGGACGAUUAACGCGUAUGGAGGUUAAAUAUUUUAUACUUGUGAAGUACGAAGAAUAGCGCACGGUCUGCCAGCAUGUAAAACGUUUUCACAGAGGUAUAAUAAUUGUAUGAUAAGAUAAAACGGCUCGUUUCUGAUACCUUCUUUACGUGACAUUAAAUCACAAGUAUUGUUGUUACAUCAUCAAUAGUUGUAAUAAAUAUGAUCACGGAGAAUUUGUUGCGUCAUUGUAAUAAGAACUAAUAAUAUAUGCUUUGUUCUGAUCAUAUUGUACAUUUGGGAUAUAUAUAUAGAUAGAUAGAUAGAUAGAUAUUCUUCUUUGUUACAAAAUUUCAAUCGUGGUUAUAUGUUCCAUAUGUCAAUGAAUAUAUUAAUAAAUUCAAACACACAGGAUUAAUUAUGCAAUAUAUCGUCAGAUAAUUCUUAAAAAAAAAAGCACUAGUAUUACAUCCAUAAAAAUCACAAUUAUAAAUUUAGCUAAUUCACAUUUCGCUAUUUCACUUGAAUUCACGUAUUUCUGUUAAAUCUAAUCAUGAAUAUAUAAGCUCGUGGAACACGUGACUAUCCGAGCGUUUUGUCGUCAAAGGCUUGAGAGGCUAAUUUCUGUACAGCUAUCAUACUAUCGAUCGUCAUGGUACAAGUCGAGGAGUGCUGUCGUGACACCGGGUAUCAGUGUCAUACCAUCCUGAUCGUGAAUAUAUUUCAUAUUUAAUGUCACGUGGAAAUGGGUCAAAGCGUCAAUCGCCAUCAAGGCACAGCACGAUUGUUUCGUUAUUUAUUCGUAAUUGGGCCUCUCGUUAUAGUCACAAUAAGUGAAUGUACAUGCCUGUUUUGCGUGUGUGCCUGCGUAUGCGUGUAUAUGCGUAUGUGCCAUGUGAGAGAAACAUCGCGAUGUCUAAUUACUAUUAAUGGAAAGCGGGAAAACGUCUAUGUGUAGAUUGUGUAAAUUACGGAAUAGGAUUUAUCGAAUUGUUGAUCGUAGGUGUGUUUAUAUAUAUACAAGGGUUAUAUAAUAAAUAUAUAUAUAUAUAAAUAUAUCUAAAGCGUAAGUCGGAAGUAAGAAAAAUAAAAAUCAAAUUAUAAUCGAAUCGGCCUUUGCGCGUUAGGGCGGAUAAUGCGAGUUUUUAUGACUCAAAAUUGUCGACAAGUUCUGUUGAUCAAUCAUUGUUGAUUAUCGUUUAGAAGAAUGUUAUAGCUGCUUUUUAAAAAUGAGUCGACUAUUCGUCACCCCGUAAAUCAUCCUUAUCAUAACGGAACGACAAGAGAUAUAGUCAAGAAAUAAUAAAGAUUAUACGUAUAACACUACGUUGUACAAUAUAUCAUUCGACAGAUGAAAAAAGAUAACGCGAAAAUAUCUCGAUUUGGUUCUUCAUGAUUUGCAAUAUUAAUUUAAAACGAGUUACAAAAACGAUGUACAGACGGAGAACAACAAAAUUAAUGCUGCAAGAACACUAUUUCAGUUUUACCUUUAAAUUCAUUAAAUGUUAACUUUAUUUUUCAAUGCAAUUUAAUUUGACAAAUUCGAAAAUCGAAGAGAAGAAUAGUAUAGUAAUGUUAACUGAUUGCCCAUGUAAUAAGUUAAAUUCUUAAACAAAUUAAAUUCAUCUAUAUUUGACGAGGUCUCGGCAGAUUUUGAUCCGUGCAUUUUUAUACGUGACAUACAUAUAAAAUGUGUAAAGAAAUAUAAUACGACAGAAAUUGUUCAAUUUUUCAAGACAUGUUUGAAAAUGUUUGCGCGGUUAAAGGGUUAAGACGACGCAAGGAGCGACGCGUCGCGAGUUAACAUAUCAUUUAACGAUUCAAGCAUGAUUUCGUCACGUUUUACUUACAUAUCGGUGAAAAUCUCCGUGCGCUUUGAUCGUUCUCGUGGAUUUCCGAUCGCUGGAAUUCAUCAACGAGCUUCGCGCAUAUGGGAGCGCAUAGAAGUACCGAUAUAUUCAACGCCUUUACUUAAAUUGCUAAAGUAAAAGGUAUUGGAUGUCGAGCUGAGCAUGCUAGACAGUAUCGAUACCCUUGCAUGUGUCGAACUUAUCGAUACUUUUAAGCGUCCCUAUACGCAUCAUAUCGCUCCAAGACGGUCCACUUUGUCGUAUCUGAAACAAUGUAAAAAGUGCUUUUAGUACGAUUAGAGUCGAGGCGUAGAGAGAGCUCGUGCGUUACCGAUUUUCUUUUGAGCUCGAUCGUGCUGACUCUUUUGAGAAAGACAGAAUUAAUCGGCGAUACGGAAAGGACGGCUAGCCUUUAAGAGGGACGUUUCAACGCUGUCCUCGUACGAGUGGCCUGACCUUAAUAUAUUUUGCACUAUGUAUACAUAGAUAUACAGAAUGGCGACCUAUUCCUUCCCACGAAUACAUCCCUAUUGUGAAUACUACCGUCUUCGACCCAUCCUCCGCCCUUCCCCACCGCCCUUCCCCAAUCCCUACCGUCCUCCUCGAAAUGAAAAAUGUUUAGUCAACGGCGGCGCAUCGCACACUCUACAAUAAUCUCACGCGCGUGCAUAUGUUAUAUAAAUACACGAUAUACGUACGAUUAAUGAUAUGCAUUCCUGUGCGUCGAUGUAAUUAAUUACUGUCCCCCCUCCCCGGUAAUACCCCAAGUAUAAAACGCAACUUGUACCAAGCCAAGCCACGACUUAUCGAAAUAUUGUCGCCAACAGAGGUAUAUACAUAUUAUAUAUAUAUAUAUAUAGACGAAUAAAGAGACGAUUAAUGUA